AUGGCACAAGGCGCAUCAAAACUCAAGACAAAGGCGCCAAGCGGGGGACGCAAAAAGUCGGGCCAGACCAAGAAGGGAAAGCGCGACGCACCACCCAAGAAGCUGCAGCAUGUGCGCGAGCGCGCUACCCAGAAGAAACUCAGCAGCACAAUCAAUAACUCUAUCGAACGGCAGAUGGUCAAUGCUGCUUCGGCGGGCAAGCUGACUAUUAUGCGGAAUAAGGGUGGUGAGGAGCCGGCGAAGAAGUAG